CUCGUCCCACCAUGGUCUCUUCUUCUCCCAAGUACUCCUAACCUAACCCCAACACUGGCCCGGCUGUACGAGUACGAAGGUUAAGUUGCAAAGAACUUACAGUUUACAGUCGAGAAGAUACCUAAGAUACAUCAAGAUGUAUCUCAUGUAUUAUUUGGACGACAAGGGAGAUCGGGUGUACACUUUAGAGAAAAUGGACCCCAACGGAAAGCCAACUCUAUCUGCACAUCCAGCUCGUUUUUCCGUUGAAGAUAAAUACUCUAGACAAAGAAUAACAAUGAAAAGGAGACACGGUCUAUUAUUGACCCAACAACCACAACCGAGCUAUUAGUUAUAUAUAAAAUCAAAAAAGGCGGUUCAUUCAGUGUGGCAUCCAGUAUGAUCUCGUAUAAUAGUUUUAACAAGAAAUUAUUUCCACUGAACAUCUAUCAAUGUAACUUAGUUAUCAUUUAUUUUAUGUAUUGUCUAUUCUAUUAAGAGUAAAUAAAAUAUUUACGCAUUAACUUA